UUGAAAUUUCAACAUGGAUCAACAAGCAUUAUGCAGUAUUUGUGACACAGUUUUGAUCAAUGACACCGACACUGUUGUUUCAGUGAAAGAGAGAGGAUUAAAAAAGUUGAUUGAGAAAAGCAUUGAGAAGGAAGACAGAAAAAGCGAGUUAUGGCUCGGAAAGAUUGAAGUAAGUUUUCAUGAAAAAUGUAGGAAGUCGUAUCCUAUGUCUACCUCUUCAAUUAAGAGAAAAUCAAAAUUAUCUACUGAUCCAUCUUCAUCACAUUUUACAUCAUCUGUAGUUGGACCAAGUAUACUACCAGCGUCAACUUCAACAAAUUUGAAUUUUGAUUUUGUAAAUCUAUGUUUUUUUUGUAAAAUGUCAUUGGAUCGCAAACAUAAACGGGUCCAUUUGAUAGCUAAUAAGUACACACAAGACCAGAUACUGGAUAUUGCCAGGAGGCAAAAUGAUGAGUUUAGUACUGAAUUGAUUAAACGCAUUAAAGACAUCAACCUAGUUGACUGUAAAGCUAGUUAUCAUCAUAAAUGCUACGUGAAUUUUAAUAAGCUCGUGAAGGAACCAAAAAUCUCUACCCUUAAAGAACAAACAGCUAGGAUUUUUAAUCAAAUUUGCAAACACAUUGAAGAAAGCUGUCAGUAUACAUUUAGUUUGCGGGAACUAAAAGAUAUCAUGGGAGAUGAUCCCUUGAGUCACUUUGUUUUAUUUCGAAUGUUGAAAGAAAAAUAUAAAGAUGAUAUCUUCAUAUCUCAUCAUCGAGGUAAGGAACCAAUGAUCUAUUAUAAAACAUUCGAUAUUUCUAAAAUUUGUAGCGAUUGGUUCACUGGUGAUGGCGAUGAAAUGGAUGAUUUACAAAAGCAAACAAUUUUGAAUGUCGCUGUCAAAAUACUCCGUAAUGAAAUUAUUAAACACGAUUAUCGUAAUACAUCGUACCCUCCUGCGUCCAGUUUUCUUGACGAUGUUGUGUCAUCAAUUCCGCCAUUAUUAACUUCGUUCCUUGGAAAUUUACUAUGCAAGGAUAACAGUGACCAAUACAGUGAUAAUUUUAUUGUUAGAGAUUCAAUAGCACAUUCCAUCGUCAGUUAUUUACGUCCCAAACAAUUUAUAUCAUCUCUCCAAUUGGCAGUUGGUUCAUAUGUCCACAGAAAAACUGGUUCCAGACUAAUUGUUGAUCUGUUGAGCAAAUUAGGUGUUUGUGCCUCAUAUUAUCACAUUCAGUUGCAUGAAGCUUGUACAGUUAUUAAUCCUCCAGCUCUUAAAAUUAAUAGUGAUAAGCCAUUUGCACAAUUUGUGUUUGAUAAUACUGAUCACAAUGCUAAAACAUUAGAUGGUAAAGAGACUUUUCAUUGCCUUGGUGGAAUAGUAGCGUAUACGCCUGAAUCGUCUAUAAGCUUCGAAGAAAAUAUUGUUAAAUUUAAGAAAAUGCCAAAACCUCAGGAAUUAGUAUCAAAACACGUUAUUCCCCAAUUACCUUACGGGUCUUUUAACACUAAGGCUCUACAAUCACUAGAAUUCAUUGCGAUAAAAAACAUUCCAGUGAGAAAAUCACCUGUGAUAUCAACUUAUUAUUCUGCGUAUCUUUGGGCCAAGUUCUUCGAGGUUAAAAACGUACCAUCUUGGAAAGGAUAUAUGGAAGUUUUGUCUUCCGGGAUUCCUUAUACAAUGUCGCAAAUUGUUUGCUUACCAUUUAUAAAUGGACCACCGUCAAAUUUGACGACAUUAAAUAGUUCUUUACACUAUGCAGCAGCUGAAACUCGUAAAUUAAAUAGACAGACAUGUUUUGUCACAUAUGACCAGCCAUUAUAUGCUAAAGCUCUUUCGAUAGUACAAGAAUCGAAUAGUGAAGAAUUAAAAAAUGUUGUCGUUCGUCUUGGUGGCUUCCACCUGUUAAUGUCAUACCUGGGAGCAAUCGGUUACAUUAUGUCUGAGAGUGGAAUUGAAGAUUUAUGGACAACAGUCUAUGCAGGUGAUUCUGUAAAGAAAAUGUUAACUGGUCAUGCUUAUGCUAGAGCGUUGCGAGCUCAUAUCAUGUCGUUCACCGCACUUGGUAUUAUAAUUUGUAGAAGCUUGAAACCUUCGGAUGAAUUCCAAGAUUCUAUUAAAAAGUUUUUCGGUACGUGGGAUUCAGAACCUCCACUUCUAACAGAUUGUGAUGACGAACCAGUAAUAACUGAUAUGUGCGAAAGAUUUGUACAGCAACUGGCAGUGAUGGAAAAAAAUGGUCCAACAUCUAAAUUAUGGAUCCAGUAUUUCAAAAGCAUUAUUAUUGCAUUGCAAUUUUUAGAAGCGGAACGAUUAGGCAAUUGGGAACUACACUUACAAAGCGUCAAAGAGAUGUUACCAUUCUUCCAUGCAAGUGGACAUUAUCCAUAUGCGAAAUACGCUCAAAUUUAUUUGCAACAAAUGGCUGACCUCGAGUUAAUUAUGGAUCCAGGAGAAUAUGACGAAUUCACGAAGGAAGGUUUUUUUACAAUUCGUAGAUCCGAAAAAGCAUGGGCUGGAAUUUGGUCAGACAUGGUUAUUGAACAGACCCUCAAUCGUUUCUUCGGUACUGACUUGAAGCAUGGAAGAGGUGUUACUUCCAGUGUUGUAACAAGAUAUUUAGUAGCAAUGCCAUCAGCAUUCAAUAUCAUGGAAUGUUUAGAGACAUAUUGCAAGAUUGAAUCAAGCAACAGUGAACAACAUGUUGAUAUUUCAAGAAGUAGAAUCACAAAAGAUGAAGUAGGAAUUAAAAAAUUUUUGUUUUGGCUUGAUGAAAGAAAUCCAUUUGAGGUUAGAACUUCAUUAGUAUCACUCUCUACUGGAAUCAUAGGUGGACCAACAAUUAAUUGUCAUAAUGCAGUAGAAGUUGGAUUGCAAGGUAUAGCUACCAUGGUUGGUAAAAAUAUUGAUAACGUUUCUUUGUCUAACGCGUUCAAAGUGAAAACACUUGCAAAUGCGAAAAGUGGUAUGCAUAUUGGCGAUGAUUUUGUUGCUGUCGACUCAUUCUUGUUAAUUCAGAGAAUAUCAGUAUUUUUUCAUGGCAAUGUUGAAGAAACACGCAAUGUAUUGAAGUACGAGUUGUCACCGUUUCCUCUGAGCUUAUUCGACGAACAUGGAUUAAUGAGAAAAACACCAAAAUCAGAAUUGUAUAACGUUUUCCAGCCAUACAUUCAAUCGCCUGCCUUAAUAUCUGGAUCUGGAUCAAUUUUUGUAAUUGAUGGUGGCUGGCUUCUGCAUAGCUAUGUUUGGCCGCAUGGAAAGAAAUACUCAGACAUUUGUAACCUUUACUACUCUUAUCUUAUUAAACAUUUUGGAUCUAACGUGACAGUCAUAUUCGAUGGCUACUCGAAGGAAACAAUAGGAAUUAAGUCCUACGAAAGAUAUCGCAGAAAAGAAAAAUGUGUUGCUGCAGAUGUUGAGAUUUCUGAAGAUAAUCUCGUGACCUUGACCCAAAAGAAGUUCCUGUCCAAUAUUGCAAAUAAGAAACAAUUUGUAAACUUACUGAGUAAUAAUCUUCAAAACCGUGGUAUUAGCACGAAUAUAGCUUCAGAAGACGCGGAUCUUUUAAUUGUCAAAACUGCAAUCGAUUUAAAAAGAAGAAGAAAUCAAUCCGUGACGAUAGUUGGUAAUGAUAUUGACUUACUUAUCAUUUUGAUUUCACUUGUCUCUGACGAAGAGGUAAUAUACUUUUAUAAAAUGACACCAGGAAAACAAGCUAAUGUUAUUUAUUCUACGGAAUACGAUAAAAAUUUGAAGCCUUUUUUGCUUUUUGCGCAUGCAUUUGCAGGUUGCGACACUACAAGUGCAAUUUUUAAAAAAGGAAAAAAAAGUAUAAUAUCUUUAUUGAAAAAAAAACCUGAUUUGCAAGCUCUAAUUUCUGUUUUCUAUGAGUCUAAUCGUUCAAUUGAGGAAUUAUACGCAGUAUCUGAAAAAAUUAUAUUCCAUCUCUAUGGUCAAAGUAUUACAGAUGAACUGACACUUGGUGAAUUAAGAUAUAGGAUAUUUUCAUUAUCGGCUGCUGCUUUUAAAAAAGAAGUUAUCUUAGCUUCUUUACCACCGACUGAAUCAGCCCUACGAGAACAUACAAAACGAGUGUAUUAUCAAAUUCAACAGUGGUUAGGCAACAAUCUAAAUCCGGACGAUUGGGGUUGGAGAAGAACCUUAUUUAUGAUGAUACCUAUCAUGUCAAACGCGGAACCAGCACCAAAGGAGUUAAUAGAUAAAGUUUCUUGUAGCUGUAAAACGAAUUGUUUAUCAGCUCGAUGUGGUUGCAAAAAAAGUGGUUUAAAAUGCAAUAAAUUUUGUAAAAGUUGCCAAGGCCAAAGCUGUGAUAACGCUUCUGCAAGAUCGUUUAAUCUUGAGGAUGAUGAAAAUGAAGAUAAAGAAGAUGAAGAAAGAGAUGAUAGUGAUGAUGAAAAUGAUGAUGAUGGAAAUGUUUAUGAGGAUGAAAAUGAUGGUGAAGAAGAAACUACUGUCGAAGACGGAGAACAAGAAAAUGAAGCUAUAUGUACAGGACGUAAAACUGUUAAAAACACUCGUUCAAAAGUAUCCACACAAAAGAUUUUUUGUGGUUGUAGAACCAAUUGUGCAUCAGCAAGAUGUAGUUGUAGAAAAAGUUCUCUCAAAUGUAAUGAAUUAUGCAAGUUUUGUCAUGGUGAUACAUGCAAUAACAGUAUAAAUGCAGGCGUUGAUACCAAUGAAGAUAGUGAAUAUGAGACACAUACAAAAGCUAACGAUAAAGACGAAGAAACACCUACUGAAGAAGAAAACGAAGGAAGCUCAACUGUUAGAGACAGCAGUCCACUUGAUGAAAUUUAUAUUAACUUUGAAAAAUUUUAAUAUAAUUUUUGGAAUUGCAAAAUCUAUAUUUUUUUAUUUAUUAUAUAAUUAGAGAAUCAAUUACUCUUAGGAAGUUUCUUCAAAUUUUUUUAAUUGUAAUACAAUUUUGUAAUCUAUUAAAAAAAAAAUAUAUAUUUUCAUCAGUUAAAGUUGAUUUA